AUGAUCACCUCGUCGCCACGAUCGCACGCUUCCUCCCCGGGCGACCGACAACCAGCGACCGACGAAGACGUGGCGGCGGCCGCGGAGCAGGCGCGCACGCAGAUCGAGGUCGAGGACUGGGAGAAUGACGACUACGGGUUCAACGACGGCGCGUCGGAAGCGGAAUCGGGGUACUCGUCGGACGACGGCGGGUCGGUGACGACGUCGGUGUCGUCGUCGGUGCGCGACUACGUCUUCGAAAACGGGAGGCGCUACCACCGGUACUGCGAGGGCAGGUACAGCCUGCCCAACGACGAGCAGGAGCAGGACCGCGAGGACAUGAAGCACGCCAUGACGGUUGCCGUGUGCGGCGACAAGCUGCACUUUGCGCCCAUCGGCGACUGCCCGGGUCGCAUCCUGGAUCUCGGCACGGGCACGGGCAUCUGGUGCGUCGACAUGGGGGACGCCUACCCGAGCGCAGAGGUCAUCGGCGUGGAUCUGAGCCCGAUCCAGCCGACCUUCGUGCCGCCGAAUGUGCGAUUCCUGAUCGACGACAUCGAGAGCGACUGGGUCUACAGCGCGCCCUUCGACCUGAUCCACCUGCGCGCCAUGGCGCCGGCGAUCCGCAACUGGGAAAAGAUGCUGGCCAGCGCAUACGACUGGCUCAAGCCCGGCGCGUAUAUUGAGCUGCAGGAACUCGACUUUUACCCGCAAAGCGACGACGGAUCCAUGCCGGAUGACUGGGGAUACAUGCAGUAUACGCGUGCCUGCCGCGAAGGAUUUGGGAAAUUCGGCGCAGACUUCCACGUUGCGCAUUCGAUCGCCGCGAAACUGCGCAACGCCGGCUUCGUCAACGUCAUCGAGCAGAAGAUCAAGGUACCCCUGGGCGCAUGGGCGAAGAACAAGCUGCUGCGGACAGCUGGCUUGUACAUGCAGGCGGCCGUCAUCGACGCGUUCAGCAUGGCGGCUGCUGGGCCCCUGCAGCGCGGUCUGGGGUGGAGCAAGGAAGAGGCCGAGGUCUUCAUUGCCCACGCGCGGAAGGCCGUAAAGGACCCGAAGGUGCAUGCGUAUUACACGCUGCACAUGGUGUACGGUCAGAGGCCGGCGUCGUAA